AUGGCUAGCACAAAGCAGAAAAUAGAUCGAUGGUCUGCAUCAGAAAAAACAACGUUAAACGUUACACCACUUAGGAAUAGUCCAACAUCAAAGAUCGAUUUAAGUUUAACAUCAUCAAUGUCUACUAACGAUGAUUCUAAUAAAAAUUCAGGCUUAAUUAUUACAAAUAGUGACAAUACUGAACAUCUUAAUUUACCUGAAACUACUCUAAAAACGAUCUCACCAGCACGAUCAACACCAAUAACAUCAGAAGCUAUGACACAACAAGUUCUUCGUCUUGCUGAGAAAAUCAAUGAUCAGUAUUUAACAUGUAAAAUAUGUCUGGAACCAUUCAAAGAACCAAAAUGUUUAACUUGUUUACACACAUUUUGUGAACAAUGUAUUGAAAGUCAUGUUUCUGCUCAAAGAUCAUAUAAAUAUUCUGAUUAUCGUGAAUUUGCAUGUCCAAUAUGUCGAAAAAAAACGGCUAUUCCAUCAGGUGGUGUUCAAAAAUUGCCAGACAAUUUUCUUAUAGCUGGUUUAUCAGAAAUGAUAACUCAAAAAAAUUUAGGACCAAAUGGUUCAAUGAAAGUUUUAACAAAUUGUGAAAUAUGUAAAGCUGUUAAUGAUCGUGAACGUGAAGCAACAUCACGAUGUCUUGAAUGUCAAAAAUUUCUAUGUCGUCAUUGUGUACAAGCACAUCAAACAAUAACAGUUACACGUCAUCAUUCAAUAUAUGAAUUAGAAAUUGAAAAAGAUAUUUUAUGCAAACAUCAUCUAACAGAAUUUGUUCGUUAUUAUUGUGAACAAUGUGAAACAUGUAUUUGUAUUGCUUGUACAUAUGCUGAUCAUCGUGAUCAUGAGUUAUUAGAUUUUCGUUCGGCUGCUGCUAAUCAUAAAGCAUAUAUAAAUGAUUGUCUUGAGGGUUGUAAAACACGUAUGAAAGAAUUAGAAGCAUAUUUAAAUGUUAUACGUCGUUGUGAUGCUAAUAUAGCACAAAUUGAAUCAAGUAUACAUUCAUUAGCAAGUACAUUUGAAAAAUCAUUACGUAUAAAAGAACAAGAACUUAUACAACAAAUAUCAGCAUUAUAUGGUGAUGAAACAAAUGAAUUUAUCAAACGUCGAGAAGAAUUAGAUGAAUAUUUUGAACAAAUAAAAAAUACAUGUUCAUUAACAGAACUUGUUAUUAAUGGAAAAGAUAUUGAAUUAUUAUUAGUUAAAAAACAAUUAAUGGAAAAAUUUCAUGAACUUGAUGCUGUUGAACUUGAUCCAUUACCAGAAAAUAUUUGUAUGAGAAUUGAUUUUCAACCUGGACAAUUAAAUUUGGGUACAUUAAAAAUAUGUGAAAUGACACCAAUAGAUGAUGAUGAACGUGAAGGUGAACUAGAAGAUGAAGAAGAACAUGAACAACAACAACAACAAGAACAAGAACAACAACAAGGACAUGAUGCGGUUUUAGAAGAAUAUGAAGAAGACGAAGAAGAAGAAGAAGAGGAAGACGAUAAUGAGAAUGAUGAUGAAAAGAAAAUAAAAAAUGAUGUUGAUAAUACAAACAUUCAUUCAGAACCAAGUAAAACAUUUGUUUCAAUAGCCAUUCAAACGGAAGAUGUGACAACAACGACACAAGCUGUACAGACAAUGGAUAUAUCAAUUUCAACUAAUGAGCUUAAUUUCGAAAAUGGUAAUUUUUCAACAUCACCCUUAUCUGUUGAAGGAAAUGGUUCUCUUUCUCCUACUACCUUAGAAACAUCAUCUUCUGCACCUCCGGCUAUUUCUGAUACGAAUAGCAAUAUAUAUGAACAAAGUAAUAAAUUAUCACGUCGUGUUCGUCGUUUACUUAAACCAACAUGCAGUGUAGCUGUUUUACCUAAUACAGACGUUAUUAUACUUGAUUGUGAACAAAAUCUUGCAUCAAUUCUUGACAAAAAAGGCAAAUUUAAAUAUUGUUUUACAUCAGAAAUUCCUUCAGCUGAACGUAAAGGUUUUGCUGUCGCAGGUUUUUCAUCAACAGCUAAUAUUAGUAAUGCUCCCGCUGGUUCAAAUCGAACUGUUCGUAUACCAACACAACAAGGUUUAUUAUGUAUUAAAUUGAAAGGUGAACGUGUUAGUGAAUUACCAUUAGGUUUUACCGUACAUGCUUUCAAUUCAAUAUCAGAAGGUGACGGUUAA